AUGCAGGCAGCCUGGCUCCUCGGGGCCCUGGUGGUCCCCCAGCUCCUUGGCUAUGGCCAGGAGGCUGGGGGAACGCAGAGGGAGUGGGAGGGAGGUUGGGGAGAUGCCCAGGAGGAGGAGCUGGAGAGGGAGGCUUUGAUGCUGAAGCAUUUACAGGAGGCCCUGGGACUUUCCGCUGAGAGGGGAGACGAAAGUCUUGCCGGGACCUCAGAGGACAAAGAGGUCUGGGGGGCAGAGGAGGAGGGGCAGGGAGAGGAAGGAGGAGAAAUCACACCAACCCCCUCCUCCAGUCCCAGCCCUUCUCCCACCCCUUCUCCCACCCCCGAGGAUAACUUGUCUUACAUCCUGGGCCGCCUGGCUGGCCUGGAUGCCGGCCUGCACCAAUUGCACGUCCGUCUGCACACGUUGGACACCCGGGUGGUCGAGCUGACCCGGGGGCUGCGUCAGUUGCGGGAGGCGACAGGCGACACCCGCGACGCCGUGCAAACCCUGCAGGAGGCGCAGAGCCGCUCUGAGCGCCUGUACGGCCGCUUAGAGGGCUGCCUGAAGGGUCUGCGACUGGGCCACAAGUGCUUCUUGCUCUCGCGGGACUUCGAGGCUCAGGCGGCUGCGCAGGCGCGUUGCGUGGCGCGGGGCGGGAGCUUAGCCCAGCCUGCCGAUCGGCAGCAGAUGGAGGCGUUGAGCCGGUAUUUGCGCUCGGCGCUCGCUCCGUACAACUGGCCCGUGUGGCUGGGCGUGCAUGACCGGCGCGCCGAGGGCCUCUACCUCUUCGAGAAUGGCCAACGCGUGUCCUUUUUCGCCUGGCACCGCGCGGUCCGGCCUGAAUCCAGCGCCACGCCGCACCCUCUCAGCCCGAACCAGCCCAACGGCGGCACCCUGGAGAACUGCGUGGCGCAGGCCUCGGACGACGGCUCGUGGUGGGACCACGACUGCGAUCGGCGCCUCUACUACGUCUGCGAGUUCCCCUUUUAG